AUGCAGCGUAUCUUCAUUAAUCCUACUGAUCAAAAAGCUCCUACACGGGAUUUGUCUGCCUCGAUCAUCCCCCCGGAUGUCCUGCCUCCCUCCAAGACAACGCAGUCUCAUCCAACCACGGACGGCGGUCUCGACAAUGCCUCUCUCUACUACGUGGGCGCAGCGACGGUGAUCAUAGAAUGGGCAGGGAUUCGAAUCAUGACUGAUCCCAAUUUCAUCCAUGCGGGCAAUCACGCCCACUUUGGUGCAGGGCUUUCGAGCGCGCGGCGCACCAACCCGGCGGUAGAGCUGCAUGAUCUUCCCCGGAUUGAUCUCGUUUUACUAUCGCAUCUUCAUGGGGAUCACUUUGAUCAAAAGGUCGAAGCAUGCCUUCGACGUGAUGUCCCCAUCAUUACGACUCCGCAUGCCCGAGCCCAGCUCAUCGAUCGGAGUGACGACUCCUUCACCAAUGUCUCUGCUCUCCGGCCGUGGGAGGUUGGUCUGGUCGAGAUUGGGGGCACGGGAGGGACCAAACGACCAUUGCUGCGUAUCACGGGGACUCCUGGACAGCACGUCCCCCGCAAUACCGUUGCUGAGCUGCUCAAUAAAUGGGCCCAAGCGAUCCCACCCAACAAUGGCUGGAUUCUCGAAUUCGGCACCAGCGCCAACUCGCACGACAUGACCGACUUUACCUCGGGAUACCGAAUCUACAUCACGGGCGACACCCUCAUGAGCGAGUCUCUGAAUCCCAUCCACGAACGAUGGAAUCCCACCCACGAACCCAUCGACCUGAUGCUCGCGCAUCUCGGUGGAACCAUGAUUCCCUCGCCAGCGGUCUCCCCGCUCGCCUUCCAGGUCUCGAUGGAUGCGGGCCAAGCGGUGCGGUUGAUCAAACUGAUGGAACCGACGGUCAUGAUUCCUCUUCACUUUGAAGAUUAUGUCAACCAGACGGGCUCAUUGGCUGAGUUUUUGGAUCAGAUGAAGCAAGCAGGGCUGGAGAAGAAGCUGAUUGUGUUGGAGAGGAGAGAAAGUUUUGGCUUUCGGGUUCGCGGACAGGUGGGACGAGUGAGGGCGGAGGAGGUGUAUUUUGGGGGAGGACAAAAUAUUUGA